AUGGGGCUGGUCCGAGAUCGGUGGGCUCCACACAGCGCGGAGAUGGAUGAAUCCCAUAGUUAUAAAUUUAAACGUGUAAAUAAUGCUGCUUCUACACCAUGGCAAAAGAGAAGAUCUACAUUAGUCACAAAUACAUGUGGAGAAAACCCAUCUGCAUUUUUCCUUACCCGGUGCAUUGCUAUUGCUCUUGGAAUCCGUUUUAUUGUGAUGAUAAUAAUAUGGAGUGCCAUCAUCAUAAAUUCAUUAUUCAACCAAGCAGAGCCAAUUUCCUUGAAUGAAAGUUACUGUGGCCCAUGUCCUAAAAACUGGCUAUGUUAUAAAAAGAACUGCUACUAUUUUUUUAAUGAGAGCAAAAACUGGUUUCAGAGCCAAGCUUCCUGCAUGUCUCAAAAUUCCAGUCUCCUGAAGAUAUACAGCAAAGAGGACCAGGAUUUCUUUAAAUUGGUCAAGUCCUAUCAUUGGAUGGGACUAAAAAAGAAUUCAACAAACGGAAUCUGGCAGUGGGAAGAUGGCUCCAUUCUCCCUGAUGAUCUACUAACAAUGGUUGACAUGGCAAACGGAACCUGUGCAGUUUAUGGUUCAAGUUUUAAAGGUUAUACAGAAAACUGUCUAAGUCCAUACACAUACAUCUGUAUGCAGCCAACUGUGUGA